AUGUUCUUUACCAAUGGAGAUGUUAUGGCCGCAAGUGCUUCAUCGCUAUUGGAACUGGCAUUUCUCUACUUCGUUGUGGAACAAUUUCGCAAUGAUAUACAAACAAUCAGUGGUUAUGCCGCGAGGGAUCGGUAUCGGGGGCACGUUUCACAGCGUAUUCAUGAAGAAGUUAGGGCAUUGCAUGAGGGUUCUAGAUUAGGAGUUGGCGACAACUUACACGGCAUCGUUGGGGGUCUGCUUGACUCUUCCCUGCGCGAAGACAUCGUUCUUCAAGAUUACUGGGUGCUCUUCGGAUUUCUCAUACAAAUAAUACAAGUUUCAGGCUUAAGAGUGAUAGUGGUUCUAAAUGAGGCUCUUGUUCGAAACUUCAAUGGAACGCAUCAGUCACUUCGCAGGCGAUAUUCGGAGAUUCGCAAGGCUCUCGGAAUGUUGGCAUUCGACAUCGUUGAACCGACCAAAUCCUCGGUGAGCUUUUGGCAAUUCUCCAGUGGAGCUGACUCUAGUGGGACUGGCCCUGCUCAUUGA